AUGACUCGGAAUCCUCGCCAUGUAUCGUAUGAACAAAUUAAAGCUGUAGUUGAAUUUAUGGGACGGCACGUAGAUUUAGCAAGCGGUUCCCUACGCACGCUCCAAGAUCGACACUUGAAUAGAAAACUCUGGAAUGAGCUUUCGAAUAUCGUAAAUAAUAUGCAAAGUGGUACUAAGAAGACAGCAGAUGGUUGGAGAAAGUACUGGAAUGAUUUCAAAAAUAAACUUAAAAGAAAGGUGAUUUUAAUAAAUCGUAAAUAUUCAAGCUAUAGACCUAAUUUAAAGCCACUCAAUAAGCUGGAGAGACAAAUAUUGGAAAUAUUAGGACCAGACUUUGCCAAAGCCGGGUAUCAUUCAGGAAAACAUAGGGCCAUAAAUCACCGUCUACCAAAAGUCAAGUUGGAAGAACAUAAUUUUGAUAUGGGUGGCAAUGUAAAUGAAUCUAGUGACAAAUUAAGUGAUAGUGAAAAAAAUGAAAGCGAGGCAGGUGAGAGUGAUGAUGAAGUAUCUGAGACUGACAACAACAGGAUGCAACUACAAAAUAUAUAUCCAAAGUGGUUAAUAGAAAUAGAAAAAAAGAGGACAGACAUCGAGUUAAGAAGAGCAAAAGCUGAAGAAAAACAGGCUGACAUUGCAGCUCAAAAUGCAGAAACAGCUAGAAACCAAGUGGAAGCCUUAAGAAAGCUUACUGAUGCUGUAUUGAUACAAGCAGAAGCCAUGUUAAGGAUUGCUUCUGUAUUAGAAAGUAAAAUUCACCCUAUUGAGGAUGCUCUUGCUUUGUGA